AUGUCAAGCAGCGAAGCCGCACAACCAGACUCCGGCGUCGUUCCUCAAGAUGCUUCAGAGACCAAAGAUGUUGGUCCUGUUAAGCCUUCGCACACUCUGGCGUUGAGCAGACUUCCCAAUGGUGUCAAAAUCACAAUCUCCAAAGCUGACGAGAUUCUCUUGCGACUCAGCAAGUUGAUCAAAACCACCGCAGGCCUCGGUGCAGCUCUCUCCACGCUCAACUAUUCCAUCUAUCUCGCAGCGUACCUCCAUGCGCAAUCCCCAACUCGUGCCGCUGUCGUCUCUUACAUCUCCCGACUCAUCGGACGUGCGCCUUCGAAGCUUCCCGCCGGUGCUCUGACCCCCGCGGCACCCGCUUCAUUCCUCACGACUCUUGGGAGUCUUGUCUCUGACACACGCACCACCUUGCGUCUAACAGGCCUUCUUCCCCUUUAUAUCUGGUACAAAACGCUUUUAUCCAAGAAGGCGUCCAAGGACAUGGACCCUACACUACACCGUGUCGCACUCCUUCAAUGCAGUGCGUACAUUGCAUUCCAAGCCCUGGAGAACAUCUACCAUCUAGGUGGUAAGGGCGUGUUACCCAUGUCCAUCAUUGAGAAGCGCGGAGGUAUUGCCAAGUGGGUCGCAUGGAGUUGUCGGGCAUGGUUGGUUGGUGUGGCGAGUGAUUUCCUUCGUUUGUGGCGCGAAGCAGAGAUUGAGAAGACCAAGACCAAGACGGCCAAAGAAAAGGAAGACUAUGAUCGCAAAUGGUGGAACGAGUUCAUGGUUGCAGCAUAUUGGAUGCCUGUUGCCAUUCACUACAGUUUGUACCCAGAUGGUGUUAAGGGGAUGAAUACUGGACUGGUUGGCUUCUUUGGGCUGAUGGCGGGAUUGAAUAAUUUCAGAAGCCAAUGGGCCUCCACUGCCUGA